AUGGUAACAAAAGAAAGCGAUUCCGUAUAUCCAUUCCAUGAAAAGAAUGUGGAAAAAGAUUCGGAUACCAUGAACAAAGCAGAAAACAGUUCAGCACCUUUCACAAACGAAAAAGUAAACAAGGAAGAGGAUGAAACAGGCUAUUUGGAUUUUCAAUUGAAGAAUGUACCAAACGAAUCAACUCACAUAACGUCAAAUGUGGAUUUACCCUCGUUUUUGACAAGACUUAAGAAAACAAUCGACUGUCCCAUCUGUACAGAAACACUGCAAAGGCCCUUUACAACACCAUGCGGACACACGUAUUGUUAUGAGUGUUUAAAAAGCUGGCUUAAAGCAUCGAAAUCAUGUCCUACUUGUCGUCAAAAGGUUCAUACCCAACCAUCGCCAGCGUAUCUUGUGUAUGACUUGAUGGGCAUAAUUGCAAGUGUGGAUCCAAGUUUGUCACUGCUUAAGACGAGAGAUGAUCCAUCGAAACGUCGGGAAGAGGUUUUGUUUGAUGGAAUGUUUAAAGAAGCAGAGUCUCUGUAUCCCACUGGCAUUGUCCAAGAUGCAGAGGAUGGAGUGUUGAGGUGCGCCCGCUGUCAAUGGGAGUUAGAGAAUCCAUAUCACUGUGACCAUUGCGGGUUUCAAAUUUCGGAUGAAGCCGACUCAGAACCGGAAUGGUUCUGGGAUAACGAAGAUAUUGGAAGCGGAGGCAGUGAAGAAGAAGCUCAAAGAAGGGUGAAUCUUUCACGGAGACCCCCAAUUACAGCUGUUCCAGAAGAUUGGAUAGGUUUUGGGGAAGAACCAGAAUCCGAUUUUUCCGGUGCUGGAGACUAUGACUUGGAUGAUGAAUUUAUUGAUAAUCGCAAUGCAAGCCAGCUGUCCCCUUAUGAUGGCAAUGAAGAUGAUUUCGUUGUCCCAGACGAAGAUGGAGAUGAACCCAAUUCGGCGUCGCAAGUCGAAUUGGUUGGCAGCGAUGACCACGAGGUUACAGGCUCUGUCGAUGAAGAAAUUGAUUCAGAAGAAUUAGAAAAUAGGAAAAAUGAAGAAUUGGCUAGAGAGCUGGAUGAAUUACAUGAUGAAAGUGAUGAUUACCAAAGGUAUGGGUACCCAGAAGAAGAAGACCGUCCUAUAAAAAGGAUUCGGCAUCCUCGGUCCAGAUCCACAUCCAUGCUACUUGACGAUGAGGAAGAAGACGCUGGUGAUGAGGAUAUGCCUCAAUUUGGGCCACGCCUUAAUUCCGCUUUGGAAAGAAAUGAGAAUACAUUUGAUGUUGACGAAGAUGACCAUAAUUCCUUUUCUUCUCAUGCUCCUUCUGCCGCUGCCUCCAGAAGACCAUUACGUCGGACAGGAACGAUUCAGGUUGAGUCUGAAGAUGAAGAGUAA